GAAAAUUUUCCAGAUUGGCUACAACAAACAUGUUGCACAUUCAUGAAACUAUCAAAUGAAGAUAGGAAUGAGGUGUUUGAUUCAUUGAUAAAUGUUUCUGGAGCUGAACAGUUGACACACCUGGCUGAUAUUCUCCCCCUAUUGAUAUACAGAGAUUUCUUAGUUUUAUUGCCCACUGAACUCAGAUAUCAUGUAUUAAAGUAUUUAGAUGGUUAUAAUUUAUUAAAAUGUUCUUGUGUAUCCAGUAAAUGGAAUGAUAUAAUUAAUAAUGCAUCUAUGGUAUGGUGGGAGAGAGUACAGCAGGUUGGAGCAGUGAGUAUUGUGUACUGCCAUAAAGAUACUAAUAAAUAUAUCAAACUAUAUAAACAAAUAACACAGCUAUUUCAACAUUGUGCCUGUAAAAAAUGUUUUGAUUAUAGAAAUCUUGCUGGACAUCAGAGUCGUGUGAUGGCUAUACAGUAUAAAAAUGGUAAAAUUGCUUCUGGUUCUGAUGAUCAUACAGUGAAGAUAUGGGAUGCUCAUACUGGCACCUUACUGAAUACUGUUCAUACCCAUACAGUUUGUGAUCUAUGGUUUGAUGAGAAACAUGUCUAUACUUCUUCAUUUGACUGUACCAAUGCUUGCUGGGAGAUUAGUUCUGGAGCAAUGCAGCAUCAGUUAGUGGGUCAUACAUCAGCUAUAUUUAGUAUUGAUGUAGCAGACAACCAUAGUUUGGUGCUAACUGGAUCUUCAGACAAAUCAGUGAAGCUAUGGUCCUUGGCAGAACUUCAACCAGUCCUGGUCACGACACUACAACACUAUCAUAGAGAAUGGGUCACGAAAGUCAAGUUUUUGGAAGUCAAUCAUGAGUUCAACUAUGAAGAGAAUGUGACAUUUGCAAGUGUUGAUAAAUAUCAGUGUUUCAUAUGGAGGCAGCAGAGAGCAGGGGAGAUAAGCAAGCUUCAUACUUUACAUUCCAAACCUGGCAGCCAGUUUACUAACUUUAUACAUCAUACUAGUGAUGGGUUUGCUCUGUGCACCUGGAGUGAUACCGAGUUAAACAGUUAUUUAGAUAUGUAUACAUUUACAGACAAGAUAUUAACCCUAACACGCCAUAUUAAUUUAUCCAACAUUCCACAGCGCUUAGUACGUGCUCAGCUACUUGGUGUAGGGUUAAAGUUUGCAGUAUUUACUGGCUCUGCUGAUAUAGAUACAUUAUAUAUUUAUAAUUUAUUAUUAGAGAAAUGUGUGUGUAAAAUACCUAUUCCACAAUGCAGGUCUACCAGGAAUGGUUCUUCAUUAACUCUGGGUAACAAGGAAUGGUUGGAUGGUUUAGAUGGUAGCAUUCCUACUGGUACAUUAUUUGCUGGUUGUCCUCAAAAUGAUGAUAUAUGUUUUGUUGUCAAUUGGAAG